CAAGUUCAGCAGGUACAGUCUGCCCAACAGCUACAACAGCAACAGCAACAACAACAGCAUCAGCAGCAGCAACAUCAACAUCAUCAACAACAGCUGACGCAGCAACAACAGCAUCAGCACCAUCAACAACAGCAGCAACAACAUCAACUGCAACAACAUCAAAUCACCGCACAAAUACAAACCAUGAAAGAUCAACCACAACAACCGAUGGCGCCAAUGGCCUUCUAUCCUACAUGGCAAGCCGACCCCUCACAGGGCUGGCAGAAUCAGUUUAUCCAGCAAAUCCCACAGAAUACUCCACCCAUUUCAUCGCUCAACUCGUUGGAUUUCCAAACGCAGUCAUAUGCCUACCCAUCAAAUGGAUAUGUGCAGACCGGCCUCGGAUUCGAUCCGAAUUAUGGGCGCUCCCCAUAUGGUGCUCCGGUACAGCGUUACGAUUUCCAGAGCCAGCAACUACCGACUGCGCCCAUUAACCAAGUUGGCCUGCAGGGUGUUGGUUUCAGUCCGGCCGCUGUUACGUACGCCGGUCAGGUGUCGGCAGCACCAGCUCCACCCGCAGUUGGUUUGCAACAACAGCAGCACUUGGGUGUAUCUGGGGAUUUGAAUAAGACGAUGUCGGGAAACGACACGCCUGGAUAUCCGCGAGUGAGCAGCGUGCCGCCGCGCUCACUCAACUGUAACGGGUAUUCAGGCGACUACAGCGGCUCAAGUCAACAGCAAACAUCUGCAUCAAACAACAGCUCAGCUACGGUAGCAGGCUCCGCUCUUGCCGGCAGCAACUCGAGCACUACUCCACUCAAUGGCGGUCAAACUACAGCAGCGCCGUCAUCGGCUCCAACGGAUGCAACACCAAUGCAACCGCCUAACGUCUCGUCUGUGCCACAAUCGCCGACGCGUAAUCUGAUGCAACAACAACAGCAGCAACAACAACCCCGCCAUGUUUCUCAAUCACCGAACCAUAUUCCUCAAUCGCCCAACGGCAAUAUGCCUUCGGCUCAACAAACCUACGGUGCCAACAUUCCACCCUCGUCACAUCAUAACUCCAUGCAACAGCAGCAGCAGCAGCAGCAACAACAACAACAACAACAACAAGCACAGAAUCAUAUUUCGUCGCCACCACAAUCGCAGCAACAACAACAAAUGCAACAGGACUGGAAUUGGAACACCCAGCCCCAGCAGACAUCUGCAGUUGGCGCUGCAACCGACCCUUACCAGCAGGGCGAACGUGUGAAUCUCAACACACGCAUCAAAUCGAUGAUACUUCGCAAAAACGAUCCCAAAGAUCCUCUAUCGAGUGCUCCAAGUGAUCUGCAUAUGUCCAAUAAUCCGGGAGCUAUUGGUUCCGGCCCUACCGCGCUCGGUACAUCGCAACAACCACAGGCCGGUCAUUUUUUAUCAUAUAGCCACCAUCUCCGCGGCGAUUCAGUGAUGAACGCCAAUGGUACGACUGGUGCUAAUAUAUCCGGCACACAGUCUUCACAGCAGCAACAUCAACAACAGCAGCAAAUGCAGGGCAUUCAAACGUCCAGUAGUGUGGGCCUUACACCCGGACACAGCACAUUAGCGCCAGAACCAAUAGGAGGUGGUGGCGAUCAAAUUUGGAAACCACACCAUACAAAUUCGUUUAAGAAACCAGUGGCAAGUAGUUUUCCAGCACCCGAACAUCACCAUCAACAACAGCAUACUACAAUCAGUCAUGGUGGGCACACCACCAUUGCACAUUCUGAACCACAACCAAAAAAAUCGAGUCGUAAAAGUAAAAGCCGGGCGGCAGCAGCAGAGGCAGCAGAACAUGAUAAAAAUAGUAAUGAUCCUGGUGGUGGACUGCAUGGUCCCGUACAUGGUUCACACAGCAUAAAAUCUAUGGAUAAGACUGGCUACCCUCCCUCCCAUGGCUAUCCGCCGCCACAACAUCCCGACUACCACACAACGUAUAUCAAAACUGAGCCCGGCCUCCUGCCCACCCAGCAUACCAAAAUGGAGGGCUAUGAACGCAACUACCAAAAUUUUAUACAAUAUGCUGAUUUUUGCCAGAACGAGGUGCAGGGCAUGCCAUCACAACAGCAACACCAUCAGAACCAGCAGGACUAUGCGAGUUAUCACAGCUCACCAUACUACGGCAGCUCCAGCUCAUUCCAACAGAGCUAUCAACAGAACUUCGUACCAGGCUAUCAGCAUUCAUCAGCAGGCAUGGGUUACGGCAGCACGCAUGGCAUGCAUCCGCAUCAUUCAAGCUCUUUGGGACAUUCUAGCCACCUGAAAGCGUCCAAUGGGCCACUAAUGAAGAGUAGUAAUAGCGUCGGUUUGCAUCAUCACAACAAUCACUUGAUGGAUAUUGAUCGGAAACCAGAUACCAAUAGCAUUAUACCCUUACCCACAAACUACGAGAAGGACAUACCAGCGCAUGCCUAUCCCAUACCACCUCAUCGGUACCAUUUAGGCCCAACACCUUCCCAUUUAGGUCACACCAUGAUCGAGCCCAAAAUUGAAGACAUGGGCGUACUGGGCCAUAACGCCGGUUACCCAUUUUUAGGCGAAGGCGGACCGGCGGCCAUCAAAAAUAGUAGUGGCUUUUCUUGUUGUCGUCAAGGCAGCACCCGCACACCCACCGCUGAACACCUCAAGGAUGGGACUUGUACAGGCAUCCAGACCAAGGACGAAAUCAUGGAGGAGCCGGUAGAGGAGCCAGCAGAAAUUAUCAGUGGCACGAAGCCUAAGAAGAAGGGUGCAAAGCAAGAAGAUAAUGAAAUUGUGGUUAAGCAUGAAAAAAUCAAUCCUUUGUUCGAUACCUCAGAUCGGCUGGAAAAGGGCAAUAAGACGGAGAUACCUGAGUGCGAAUGCUUCCAUUCCGAUAAAAAUCCCCCAGAACCAGGAACAUACUAUACCCAUCUCGGCACUGCUUCGACACUGUCCGAGUUGCGUAGAGAAUUCGAGGAGCGUUGCCAGAUAUCCGGUAGGCAGCUGCGUAUAGAGAAAAUCAUUUACACAGGCAAGGAAGGCAAAACAACCCAAGGUUGUCCACUAGCGAAAUGGGUUAUCAGGCGCGCCGAUCCAGAAGAAAAGAUUUUGGUUGUUGUAAAGAAGCGGCCAGGGCAUAGGUGCGCAGCAGCUUUUAUAAUUGUUUGUAUGGUUGCUUGGGAUGGUAUGCCACGUCUUGAGGCGGAUAAUGCUUAUAAAAAUCUGAUACCAAAGCUCAAUAAAUUCGGACUUCCAACAACGCGCCGUUGUGCCACAAACGAAAGUCGCACAUGUGCGUGUCAAGGCCUCGAUCCUGAAACUUCAGCUGCGUCCUACAGUUUUGGCUGUUCUUGGUCUAUGUACUACAACGGGUGUAAGUAUGCCCGCUCAAAGACUGUGCGCAAAUUCCGACUCUCUGUAAAGAGCGAAGAGUCGGUUAUCGAGGAUCAUAUGAAUCUUUUAGCCACGGCAUUGGCGCCAUUGUUCAAACAAGUAUGCCCUCGGUCAUAUGACAAUCAAACUAAGUACGAGAAGGAAGCGACAGACUGUCGACUCGGUCUGGAAACUGGCCGACCUUUCUCGGGCGUUACCGCUUGCCUAGAUUUUUGUGCACACGCUCAUAGAGAUCUGCAUAAUAUGCAGGACGGGUGUACAGUGCAGGUGGCACUGCUGAAGCCUUCCAACCGUGAUGGCCGUCCGCCUGACGAUGAGCAGCUACAUGUGCUGCCGCUCUACACCAUGGACACAACGGACGAAUUUGAGAGUAUGGAGGGUCAACGGGAGAAACAUCGCACCGGUGCGGUGCAAGUAUUGGACAAAUUUUCUUGCGAAGUACGCGUUCGCUCCACGCCGCUUAUACCCUGUCGGCGUCACGGCAAAAAGCGCAAAGAAGAUGAAAACGUUGUACCAGAAGCAGAGGCCGCUGCUACCACAACCGUAACCACACCUACUACACCCACGCCUGCUGCCACUCCACAACCAACAACUAAUUGCACCAAUGUUAGCAACGCUAAUGGCUCAGCAACCAACGUUGCCAACAGCAUCUUAGCAACUUCUGUAAAUGGCAAGAAGGAAGGGGGAGGCAACAGUAAAUCAAAGUCCAAAUCAAAAUCAGGUGCAGCGGGCAGUACAGCUGCCACAACUCCAUCGUCAGCACCCCCGUCGACCCCUUCGCCGCGCUGUCAAACACCGGUAACCAACAACCCCAGUCCUGCAGGAAGCGCUUUUACUACGCCGCCAGUCAACAACGCUAACAAUACUCACAUGAACACCGCUGUGAACAAUGCGGCCGGAGGUAAUCCACCCAAUCAACUCAUGUCGUCCAAUUCCAGUCUAAUGAAUAUGGCGACUAUGAUUGAUACCUUCACAGAUGCGCAGUUGCAAUCCAAUCAGAUCUCAAGCACGGUACUCGAUUCGCCUUAUUCGUACGACUACCAGACUGGUUCCUACAUAGAUUCACGAAACUACUACGGAAACUGGCCCCCGCCGCAUGCAACUCAUGCCACUCACGCCGUCAGUAUGGGUACGCCAUCAGGCCCGGCGACUACACCAAUGGCGCCACCGCAAGACAAUGUGCACCAUACUACCACCGCUCCACUUACACCUCACCACGAUACGAGCGCUACUUACGCCAACAACUACAAUAAUCUGCCUACAGCUGGCAGUCAACAAUUGACGCAAGUGCAUGAUGUGCGCGGGGAAGUAAAAAGCCGCGGCAGUGAGGAGAACCCCGACUCCACAACUAUAGUAAAUAAUACUUUAGCUGAAAAAGGCUUCGUCAAACCGAAACCACCGGCAGACUAUCAGUACACUCAGUACCCGAGCAACUACCAAAUGUAUCCGACGCCACAUUCGGCCUACUCGGCGUACGAUGCCUAUCAGAAUAUGAACUACAACUAUGGGUAUCAUCAAGCGUACUCACCUUACAGCAUGUAUCCACAGCAAACACCGCCACCCACGCCACCUACACCAUCACCAAAUUGGAACAUGUACGGCCAUCAUCAAAGCACCGCAUCUUCGGCUGCUUAUGCCCCGACAGUACUGCCGCCAAACAGUGGUGCCCAUCAACAUUCAUCGCUCGCCACCGCCGCACCACAAAUGCAAACACAAAUGCCGUUGCCCAACGGGAAUCUGAAGCCCGCACUUCCCACGCUGGUUGUACCACCCACACCAACAACCGACACCCUACAGAUGCAAGCGCAAGCACAGACUCAACUGCAGGCACAAACGCAGAUACCAGUGGUACCACACCAGACUGUCCUCCCGGAUCUCAGCAUUACCAACACUCCCAACAAUCAAUCCACGCCCACUAACACAGAGCUCACAAACUCAAACCCAACGACUGCUGUCAAUGUAACUUCGCCAAAUUCAGCAACCCCAAUAUCGGCCAUUAACAACGAUAGCAGCAACAACAGCACCAGCAAUAGCAACGACAACAGCAGUCCGACGGCAACGACCGCUUCCACUGCCGAAAACGGAACAACCGCGGGAGUAACAACGAACACAAACACAUCAACAACAGGAACUACGCCGACCGCUGUAGCGACCACUUCCAACCCAAACAAACUGGAACCGAUUGGGGAGGUAACAGAAAUCAACGACAACUAUGAAGCGUUCGCUGAUCCCCAAAUGGGCGGUGUGGCCAUAGCGCUCAAUCAUGGUAGCGUAUUGAUCGAGUGCGCAAAGCACGAACUACAUGCGACCACUGCGCUGCGAAAUCCCAACCGGCAUGAGCCAACGCGAAUGACCCUUAUAUUCUAUCAGCAUCGCAAUCUAAAUCGCGCACGGCAUGGUAUCGACGAGUGGGAGGAGAAGAUGCGUGUGAAGAAGAUCAACACUGACCUCGAUAACAAAGCCAAAGAAGAACGCGAAAAGUUGAAGAAGGAGCGUGAAGGUGGCGAAGAGGAUGACGAGGAAGCAGAAAAUGCGCUCUCCAAUGGCGCUGCGCAAGGUUCAAGUAACAGCGGUAAGAAGGAUGGCGCCAACGCAAACAAUGUUAAUAGUAACGGCUCUACAGCACCUCCUGAGACGACAGCGACCACAUCGGUGACAACAGCAACUACGAAGAGCGGCGGCACAGGUGGUGGUUCGGCUAGCAAAAAGAAAAAGGAAUCGGGUAAGAAGAAUGCAAACUCAAAUGCAAAUGUGAACGAAAUUGCUAAUGAGAAUUCUGCUUCUUCCGUUGAGCAGGCAAAAAGCGAGAAACGAGUUGCACUCCACGCGCCAACACUAACAACAACCUCUUGGACGACCCUCUUCCCUAUGCAUCCGUGUGUGGUUACGGGACCCUACCAGGAGGGCAACACUAGUCCGUCGGCGGCUGCAGAAGUAGAGCAGCAGGUAGCACAACAACAACAACAGCAAAUGCAGCAGCAGCAACAGCCGCUUAAGCAGCAAAUGCCAGCUUAAGGGCAUAGCUGGUACAGUUCUGGUGAUGGAAAGUGCAAGGUCGGGCAUGUUUCUCAACAGAAGAGAGCCACGCACGCGUUAGGUCAGUUGGAAAUGCUUUCUUGUGUAUGUAUGUGUGUACACAUUUAUGUAUGUAUAUGGUUAGGUACUAUGCUAAACAAGCUGACGCUUAUUUUAUGCCAUUCAGGCAUGCCCAGUACUCAACUGCAUCUUAAACUGGCGUUGUACAUAUUUUUUACUCGUAGAGUGCCAUAUUUUUUAACUUACUGAAAAGACGGAUGUAAACAUUUCAGCCGAGAUUUUCAUAUAACACCAGGAUCAAAGCGCUGGUGCGCUAAAGCCAUUUUGAGAUUGUUUAUUUCACACAAAUACAUUCAUAUAUGCACAUAUAUUAUGCAUUUUUUUAUUUGAUGGUAUAAAAUACCAAUGCAAAAGCGAUCAGGAUGUAAUAUUUACUACACACAUAGGUAUGUCAUUUGUAAUUUUCGAAAGUAGUAAUUUU